UAUGUCCCGGGAUAAGAUCAAGAUUGGUCGUUAUUCAAAAAAGAGAAAAAGAUAUAAUGAAAGUUUAAUAUAUGGUGACGAAAUUAGUCGAAAAAUCAAUUUACCUAAUUCACCAUCAUUCUCUAUCACUGAAGAUGUUUUAACUCAAUGUCGCAUAAGUCUUUCACAGCUAAAAAAUAUUAAUUGGCAUGAAGAAAUUUCUAAUUUGGAUAAUAUGAUAGAUGAGAUAAAUCAAAUGAAUGAAAUUGAAUUCUUCAGUAUUCAAGACUACAUGGACAUUGUUUCUGUUACAGGUAUCGAACCCGAUAAUCGUAAAACAUUUAUCAAUCUGUCGGAGGAACUGUUAAGAGUGGCUUUGAGAUAUUUAGUAUCAUUUGUACAGUGCCUGCCCGGAACAGAAAAUCUUUCGAAAGCAGAGCUUAUCGCACUAACAGUACCCGCUUUGAAUUACAUGGUAUUAAUAUAUACUGCAAACCGGUCCCUCUCAGUGUCGGAGACAGGUACACUCACAAUGUGCUUGAAUGGGAAACAAAUGCAACUCAAUUUUGCAUGUAUUGAAAAGUUAAGUCCAGAGACAGGAGAAGAUCUUAGAGUAGAAAGUUAUAAGCGAAUGAUGAACUUGCAAAUUACUCAAGAAGAAGCUAUGCUCAUCGUGGCCUAUACAGUUUUAAAACCAUCACAAAGGUAUCCUCAAUUAAAAGCGGGCCAAGAUCAAGUAACCAUAGCUAUACAUGAAUACUUGAAGAAAACUUAUGGAAAGAGUUACCUUGAUCGGUUAAGAAGUAUAAUUGAAUUUAUCAAUGAAAGCAAUCAAUUGGACAGACUUUCAAAGCAAAGCCAUUCUAAAUGCCCUGAAUACGUAAAAUACGUGUAUCAAACUCCACAAUUGAAGGGAGGUUUAAAUGAUGACAAUUUUGAAGCUAAUCUUGAAGCUUUUUCAAAAUUAUCCUUAUAG